AGAUGCUACUUUAACUGUACAUUGCCACAAAUGAAGUGACUUUUAUAAUGACAAAGCAGGACUCUUUUCUGUGUAUGAGAGCUGAUAAUCAUAUCUUAAGACUGGAUUUGAGGAUGCAGUAGGAAUAUUCCAAAUUGAAAAGAAAAUGGAGACAACGUCCAUUCCUGCUGUGCAGAUAGAGGAAUUGGUAGGCACCACUCCUCUAAUGCCUGCGAACAACAAUUUUUCCUACAAGGACAACCUUAUUGGAUCUCUGUUGGCCAUAUUUGGACAUCUUGUUAUCAGUAUUGGACUCAACCUACAGAAAUACAGCCAUAUACGUUUGGCUAGUUCCAAAGACCCUCGCACCUACUUCAAGACAAAGACGUGGUGGUUUGGUCUCUUCUUAGUGGUACUAGGGGAGACCGGGGUGUUUUCUUCCUAUGCCUUUGCUCCACUGUCUCUAAUUGUGCCUCUCAGUGCUGUUUCUCUCAUAGCUAGCUCAAUCAUAGGCAUUAUAUUUAUUAAAGAAAAAUGGAAACCAAAGGAAUUCUUAAGACGUUAUAUUUUGUCCUUUAUAGGCUGUGGACUAGCAAUCAUUGGCACCUACUUGCUGAUAACCUUUGGGCCCAAUAGCCACGAGAAGAUGACUGGAGAGAAUAUUGUCAAACAUUUAGUGAGCUGGCCAUUCCUGCUGUACAUGCUGGUGGAAAUCCUUGCCUUUUGUUUCCUGCUAUAUUACUACAAACAGAAGAAUGCCAAUUACAUGACCAUCAUACUGUUGCUGGUUGCAUUGUUGGGCUCUACAACAGUGGUCACAGUGAAGGCACUAGCUGGCAUGAUCAUUGUCUCCAUACAAGGCAGCAUGCAGCUGGGCUACCCCAUCUUCUACAUCAUGUUUGUGUGUAUGGUGGCUACAGCCAUUGCUCAAGCAUCGUUUUUGGCACAGGCGUCCCAACUGUAUGAUUCAGCCCUAAUUGCAAGUGUUAAUUAUAUCUUGUCCACAAGUUUAGCUAUUUCAGCAGGAGCAGUAUUUUAUGUUGACUUUCGAAAUGAGGAUGCUCUACAUCUUUGUAUGUUUGCUUUAGGGUGCCUUAUUGCCUUCUUGGGUGUGUUUCUCAUUACAAGGAACAGAAAAAAGACAAAAGCUUUUGAACCCUAUGUUGAAAUCAACUCCAUGCCAGCUGGUGUGACUAACAUGCAUGAUCAUGGCAAUAAUGUUCAGCCUGAUUUUGGGAAUUCCUUCUCUUAUGGAGCUCUACGAAGUAAUGAUAGUUUAUCAGAAAUGUAUAUGCCAGCAACACUUCCUGUUGUAACAGAAGAAGCACCAUCUUCCUCUCCACCGUAUAAGAUUUUGGAACAUGAUAAGGGUGAAUAGGCUGAUGCACAACAAAUGGACUUGGAUAAACUAUGCAGCAAGAGUGUUCCUCUGGGUUUUUUUUCCUUGUACAGACUUAGUUCAAACCAUUGUUAAAAUAUUGCAUUUUUUUAAAUCAGAAGUUAUAUGUAUGUCUAUAUUGCAGUUUACUCUACCUUGGUGGUUCACUUUCAGUGAACUGUUUUAUAUGCCAUGGUAAUAUUUGUUAAGGUGAUUAUACUGGACAAAGUAGAAAAAGCAAAAAUGUUAACUUAUAUUCUAAUCUAUUUUUAAACUAGAAUAAAAAGUGUUUAUGCACCA